UUGUAAAUGAGCAGUUAGAGUAGCAGUUAGAGUAGUGAUAAUUAAUCUUGUAUAUAAGGAACAUAUUGUACAUUCAUUAAUCUUAAUGAAGAUAUUUCCAUUUCACUCUGUUUCUAUUAUGGUAUCAGAGCGAGUGAGCUGAGCUCACUGAUCCGAUCUCUAACCGUCGAUCUCCGAUCACUGCUCCGCCGUCUUCAUUCACUUUCCGAUCAUCGCUUUCUCUUUCCGUUGUCGCUCUCUCUCAACGACGACUUCUCUUCGAUUCAUCUCUUCUUCCGCAUCUCGCCAUCUUGGUUAUCCCCUUCACGACUCGAGCUCUCCGAUCUCUCUGAUCUCUCGAAUCGAUUCGAUCAUCCCUAUCAUCCGCUUCUUCUUCUUCGAUCAUAUCAUCCACAACUAUGGGAAAGAGAAAGUGUGCUUCCAAAUACAGGAGCUCAACUCCUGAUCGCGAAUCUCCGACUCAUCGCGAUUCAUCUCCAGCUUCCGAUCUCCGUCGCGAAGCUUCUGGAUCUUCAAAUCGAGCUGCUAACCUACCUUCUUCAGAUAAUCCAGCUGUGAUUCGUUCCACUAAACCGUUUGAGGUAUCUAACUCUCCGGAUAACAUUCAUAGCCCUUACUUUCUUCAUAGUUCAGAUCACCCUGGCUUAGUUCUAGCAUCUGAGGCUUUAGAUGGAACGAACUAUAGCAUCUGGACUAUAGCUAUGACUACGAGUUUAGAGGCAAAGAACAAGCUAGGAUUUAUCGAUGGAUCUAUUGCUAUGCCUGUUGAUACUGAUCCUUUCUACAAGAUCUGGUGUCGUUGCAACAGUAUGGUCAAAUCUUGGCUUCUUAACAGCGUUUCAAAGCAGAUUUACACAAGUGUGUUGUAUUUCAAAGCUGCAUCUGAUAUAUGGAAUGAUCUUCACACUCGGUUCCACAAAUCUAAUCUGCCACGACUGUACAAGCUCCGUCAUCAACUACACUCACUUCGUCAAGGUAGCAUGGAUCUCUCCUCGUAUCAUACCAAGACGCAAUCAUUGUGGGAAGAACUCAACAGUCUGAACGCUCCAGCUCAUACUAUUGAAGGUCUUAUGGCACAGAAUGAGAGUAACAGAGUCAUUGACUUCCUUAUGGGACUCAAUGACAGUUAUGAUCACAUCCGUAGUCAGAUUCUCAUGAAGAAGUCCCUUCCAUCUCUGUCUGAAGUCUUCAAUAUUCUCGAUCAAGAAGAUAGUCAACGUUCUGCAAGAACUACUUCUCAGACUUCUGUUGAUGCUAGCACGUUUCAGGUAUCUUCUUAUGGGAAGCCUCGUCCGGUUUGCACUCAUUGCAAAGGUGUUGGACAUGUUGUUGAUAGAUGCUACAAGAUCCAUGGUUAUCCACCAGGUCUUAAAGCACGAGGCAGAACUUAUCCACCAAAGAAUACAGCCUCUCAACAUGGUCAAGCUUCUGCAAAUGCUAUCAUCUCUGAGUCACCAGACGUGAAACAGUCUACUUCUGUGACUGCAAAUGCUACCUCUCCGAUACCUUCUACUCUCAGCUCUGAGCAACUGCAACAGUUCAUCGCGUACUUCAGUGCUCAACUCCAAGACCAGAGCCAUACAUCAACAUCAAAUGGACUUCUUCCUUCUCCUUCAGCUGUAUCAGAGGCUUGCAAAGCGACUGGAUCUUACACGGGAGUUGAUGAUUGGCAAGGGUAGACAGAUUUACAAUCUAUAUGUGCUUGAUUCAGGUUCUCUUAUUCCUGUCCCUUUUCAUAAUAGUCAGAAUAAUGCGGUUUGUGCAUCUGUUAUAGACAAUCAUAUUUGGCACUCUCGGUUAGGUCAUCCU